CACAUACAACUAAAUUUGUGAUUUCCCUUUUAUAGAAUUACGAAUUCAAUACUCCAGAUUGUGGGUUUUAAUUAAUUUAAAUUAAUAAACUCAACAUGGUAUUCUAUGUCUCUCAUAAUAGUAAAUUGCAGAUGAACAAUAAGAUGUAUAACAUUCCAUCCCAGACCUCGACAACGUGAACAUCAAAUUAGGAGACGACGAAAAGAAAGUUAAUCAAAUCUCAUCCAACACCGUCUCUCAAGUCCAAUAACCUCAAUAGGUAAACAUUCCAAUGCCACCACUCCCCCAAAAAACAGCAGAUCCUUCCUUUCUUUCAUAAUUGUUUCAUUGUCUAUUUAAGGGUCUUGCCAUCUUUGUGUAAAACAAGCAUUAUAAAUAGAUUUUUCAUUCCAGAAGGCUUACUAAAUCUCACAUACUGUUUUAUCGUCGUAGUGAUUUUAUCAGCAAUUGAUUUUUGGACCGUCAAGAACAUCACCGGAAGGUAGUAAUAGACAGUAACAUAGAAAACUUGUUGGUUUGAGAUGGUGGUCAGAAGUAAAGGAAGAUGGAUCUGAGGAAUGGAUAUAUGAAUCUCAGGUGGCUAAUUUUAUCCCUAAUCCAUUCAAUUCAAAUGUCUUUUGGUUUGCUUAAUUUGGUGUUGUAUUGACUUGGGGAAUCUUAAUCUUGUUAGAUUUAAUUGGUCUAAGAUGGUUCAAUGUAAACAUUAGCAUCUAAACUAGGCUGUCUUAGCAAUGACUGCCUUUUGCUUGACAGGAAUUAAUUUUGUGGGAUUCUAUAAAUGUAGAGGAGAACACCAAAAGAAAGCCAAAGAAUACAUGACUAAAAUUGGAUUGAAGGCAAUUUAGUAAUGGUGA